AGGUUGCCGCGAAGGAUGUAGUAUUCCUUCUGGAUGGCUCUGAUAACACAAGGAAUGGAUUCGCUGCCAUGCGUGAUUUUGUUCAGAGAAUGGUGGAGGAACUUAAUGUGGGCGAAAACAACGACCGUGUGUCAGUUGUCCAAUACGGCAGAGACGCAGAGGCCCACUUCUAUCUGAACACAUACACCACAAAGGACGAUAUUCUUGACACGGUCAGAGGACUCAGACACAGAGGGGGAAGACCCCUCAACACUGGGUCAGCCCUCAAGUAUGUCCGAGACAACGUGUUUACGGCGGCCUCUGGAAGUAGGAGGCAAGAGGGCAUUCCUCAGCUACUGAUUGUGCUGAGUGGAGGGCGAUCUAGUGACAACGUAGACAUACCGGCGUCUGCCCUCAAAGACAACGGGGUCUUAAUUCUAGGCAUCGGAACUAGAAAUUCUAGCACAGAGGUUCAAAGAAUCGCCUCUGAUCCUAGUUAUGCCCAGUCUGUGUCUGACUUCUCUGACCUCCCAAAUGUCCAGCAUCCAUUCGCCUCCUCUCUUAGCCAUGUAGUUGUUGGGGUUAAACCAAUGACCCCUACAGUGAGAGUUGACCAGAGAACUCCAAAAAGGGAUGUGGUAUUUCUUCUGGAUGGCUCUGAUGGCACAAGGAAUGGAUUCCCUGCCAUGCGUGAUUUUAUUCACACGGUGGUGGAGAAACUGAAUGUGGGAGAAAACAACGACCGUGUGUCUGUUGCCCAGUACAGCGGAGAUGCAGAGGCCAAUUUCUAUCUGAACACAUAUAACACAAAGGAAGAUAUUCUUGACAUGGUCAGCGGGCUUAGGCACAAAGGAGGCAGGCCCGUCAACACCGGGGCAGCCCUCCAGUAUGUCAGAGACAACGUGUUUACAGCCUCUUCCGGCAGCAGGCGCCAAGAAGGGGUUCCACAGUUGUUGAUCCUUGUAAAUGGUGGAAGGUCUUCUGACACUGUAGAUACACCAGCGUCUGCUCUUAAGCAGCUUGGAAUCACUGUCCUUGGAAUUGGAACAAGGAACUCUGACCAUGGACAACUGCAAAAGAUCUCCUCUAAGCCAAAUUAUGCUUUGUCAGUGUCCGACUUCAGUGACCUCCCCAACAUACAAGAGCAACUGUCCUCUGCCAUCAGCACAGUCACAGUUAGGGCCACACCAAUGACGCCAACUGUAAUCGUUGAGCACAGCCUGCCCAAAAGGGAUGUUGUGUUCUUGCUGGAUGGAUCUCAUGGCACCCGAACUGGAUUCCCAGCAAUGCGUGACUUUGUGCAGAAAGUCGUAGAGACGCUCAAUGUGGAUGGCGACAGAGAUCGAGUCUCAGUUGUUCAGUACAGCAGUGAUCCAGCUGUCCAAUUCUAUCUAAACACGUACAAAACACAGGGCGACGUCGUUGCUAAUGUCAGGGGUUUGAGGCACAAGGGCGGAAGACCACUUAACACUGGAGCAGCGCUCCAAUACUUGAGGGAUAAUGUCUUCACUGCCUCGGCUGGAAGUAGGCGUCUGGAAGGAGUUCCACAGAUGCUCAUAGUCUUAUGCGGUGGAAAGUCCCAUGACAGUGUUGACGCAGCAGCCACCGCUCUGAAGGAGCUGGGGGUCUUUACCCUUGCCAUUGGAACCAGUGGCUCUGAUAGCAGAGAACUGCAGAAGAUAUCCCAUGGUCCCAAUCAGGCUCUGUCUGUGUCUGAUUUUACUGACCUUCCCAGUGUCCAACAGCAACUGCAGUCCUCAAUGGAAUCAGUGGUCAUUGUUGUAACUCCGGAAUCUCCCACAGUUUUAGGUAUGUUCCCAAGCGUGGCCAUUUGUAGUGGUGUCAGUUUAAAUGAUGUAUUUUGGGGAUAACCUGAAGCUAUAUGA